AUGUCAUCAAUUAUUCAUUCCAUGAAGUUUGACUCUUCUACCAAGAGCCCCAGCAUUCCAUCAGAAGAAGCAGAAUGUGAAUCCAAGAAGACUGCAGCCAGUGCUAAAUCAAAUUUAGGUAGCAACUCCAAGAAGAUGACAGAUCAAAAGCGAAACUAUGGUGCUAAUCCAGGUGCUGAUUCACCAAAGGGACCUGCAGGAAAUAGCAAAAAUUCUGAAAAUAUAAUGUCUAAUCCUCCCCUUGAUCCUCGAAUGAUGGAUCAUAUUUCAAGUGGUAAUCAUCAUCACCGCCAAGGCGCACCAGCACUGCCUAAUUCCAAGUCUCAUGGCCAUGUAACUAGUAAUCGUAGUGACAGCUCGGAGAAAAACAAUGCACCUUUUAAGCCCCACACUGGUGGAGACGUCCAAUGGGAUGCAAUUAAUAUGGUGAAUGGCAAAGAUGCAAUUGGUCUUAGUAACUUUCGGCUUCUCAAGCGUCUUGGGUAUGGAGAUAUAGGCAGUGUUUACCUUGUUGAACUUAGAGGAACUAGUGCUCAUUUCGCUAUGAAAGUGAUGGAUAAGGCUUCACUUGCAAGUAGAAAUAAGCUACUGAGAGCACAAACAGAGAGGGAGAUUCUUGGUCUUCUUGAUCACCCUUUUUUGCCUACCUUGUAUUCUUAUUUUGAGACUGAUAAGUUCUAUUGCUUGGUCAUGGAGUUCUGUAGUGGAGGCAAUCUUCAUUCUCUUCGCCAGAGGCAACCCAACAAGUAUUUCGCUGAAGAAGCAGCCAGGUUUUAUGCCUCAGAAGUAUUGUUGGCACUGGAGUAUCUACACAUGUUAGGAAUUGUUUACAGAGACUUGAAGCCAGAAAACGUCCUAGUAAGAGAUGAAGGUCAUAUAAUGCUCUCUGAUUUUGACCUCUCACUUCGCUGCUCCGUCAAUCCAACCCUUGUCAAGUCCUCAUCUACACAAGUAAGCAACGGCGGAGGAAAUAAUAGUGGAGGCAUUUUGGACGAUGAAUAUGCAGUGCAUGGUUGCAUUCAGCCCUCAACAUUUUUCCCUCGCAUUUUGCCUAGCAAAAAGAAUCGUAAAUCCAAAUCUGACUUUGGCCUCUUCGUCGGAGGCUCCCUCCCAGAAUUAAUGGCUGAGCCAACAAAUGUACGCUCCAUGUCAUUUGUAGGCACCCAUGAAUACUUAGCCCCAGAGAUCAUUCGUGGAGAGGGUCAUGGUAGUGCAGUAGACUGGUGGACUUUCGGAAUCUUCUUGUAUGAGCUCUUACAUGGAACAACUCCUUUUAAAGGCGCAGGAAAUAGGGCUACCCUAUUCAAUGUUGUAGGACAACCAUUGAGAUUUCCAGAUACACCACAAGUGAGCUUUGUAGCUAGAGAUCUGAUUAGAGGACUUCUAGUGAAGGAACCCCAUAAACGCAUUGCAUAUAAAAGAGGAGCCACAGAGAUAAAACAACAUCCAUUUUUCGAAGGAGUGAAUUGGGCUCUGGUAAGAAGUGCCAUGCCUCCACACGUACCUGAACCAGUAGAUUUCUCACAAUAUGCUAGUAAAGAGCCACCACCAGCUGCUAAUAACAAGAAGAUGGCAGAUUCUGAAGUUGAUAAAACCAAUGGUAGCCCUCAACAUCAUGACUCCUCGUAUAUAGAAUUCGAAUAUUUCUAG